AUGUCAAUACUGAUCAAAAUCAAGACGCCACUGGGACUCUUCAUCCACAUCAUCUCCUACGCGACCUUCAUCCUCUCCAUCAUCCAAAUCACCCUCUACAGGGACAUGUACGGUCACACCGCCUACGUGCCCCCAGUCGCAGCCAUCUGCACCGUCGCAGCCCUGCAGAUGGUCUACCUCGUCGCAUUCUGGGCGUUCCGCCGCCGACCGGCUUACAGUAUCGCCAAGAUGCUCGCAGCGAUGAGUUUCUUAGCGUGCUUCAACCUCGGCGCCGUAAUUGCACUUACCGUCCAGCGCCAUGACUUCUGUACUCUAACACCUCAUGGACAUUACGUCACCGGAGGAGCAUAUACCCGCGGCGACUGCCAGGGCGUAAUCCGUGGUAUGAUGGGAUUGGGGUGGGCGCUGUUCGGGGCAGACCUUGUUUAUAUGGCCUUCCUCGGCGUGUUGAGCCGGUAUGGAAUGUCUACCCCGGUCGGAAAGGCUGGCGUGCCUGUCAAGGUUGAGGAUGCGGAGAAGAACCCGUUCCGCUAG